UGAAUGAACGCCCCGCGCCUGUAGGGGGCAGCAGGGAGCAAGUGUCAUAGAAACAAGGCGAGUGAAGUCACGAAGAACACCGUAGAAGGAUGCAGUGUUUGUUAACGGAGCCGGCGAAAUAAGUCAUUUAUCAACCGUUGAAAUGAAGCUGUAUUGUCUGUCUGGCCAUCCCACAUUGCCUUGCAAUGUGCUCAAAUUCAAAUCCACCACCAUCAUGUUGGACUGUGGGCUGGACACCACCUCUGUCCUCAACUUCCUGCCCCUUCCUCUUGUCCACAGCCCACGACUGUCCAAACUACCUGGCUGGGUCUCGAAAGACGGAACGAUAAACUUGGAGAAGGAGCUGAAGGAGUGUGCAGGACGAGCGUUUGUGGACUCACAACCAGAGUUCUGUCUCCCUGAGAGGGAACUGCUGGAUCUGUCCACCAUCGAUGUCAUCCUGAUCUCCAACUACCACUGUAUGAUGGCGCUGCCCUACAUCACUGAGCACACAGGCUUCACUGGGACAGUGUACGCAACAGAACCAACCCUACAGAUCGGCAGACUGUUGAUGGAGGAACUGGUGAACUUCAUGGAGAGAGUUCCCAAAGCCCAGUCUGCCACCUGCUGGAAAAACAAGGAAAUACAAAGGAUGCUCCCAGGGCCGCUGAAGGAUGCAGUAGAUGUGUGGACGUGGAAACGAUGCUACAGCAUGCAGGAGGUCAACUCUGCCCUCAGCAAGGUGCAGCUCGUGGGAUAUUCACAGAAAGUGGAGUUGUUCGGAGCCGUACAGGUCUCCCCCUUGAGCUCUGGUUACUCUUUGGGAAGCUCCAACUGGAUCAUCCAGUCUCAUCAUGAGAAAGUUUCCUAUGUGUCGGGUUCCUCCCUCCUCACCACACACCCACAGCCGAUGGACCAAAGCUCCCUGAAGAACAGUGAUGUUCUGAUUCUGACAGGCCUCACCCAGAUGCCCACCGCCAACCCAGACGGCAUGCUGGGAGAAUUCUGCAGCAACCUCGCCAUGACGAUUCGAGCAGGAGGAAAUGUGCUGGUGCCGUGCUACUCGUCGGGGGUGAUAUACGACCUGCUGGAGUGUCUGUACCAGUUCAUAGAGAGCGCCAACCUGGGGACCACGCCCUUCUACUUCAUCUCACCCGUCGCCAACAGCUCGCUGGAGUUUUCUCAGAUCUUUGCUGAGUGGCUUUGCCACAACAAGCAAACAAAGGUUUAUCUUCCAGAGCCUCCGUUCCCUCAUGCAGAGCUGAUCCAGACCAACAAGCUGAAGCACUACCCGAGCAUCCACGGAGACUUCAGCAGUGAGUUCCGUCAGCCGUGUGUGGUGUUCACCGGUCAUCCAUCCCUGCGCUUCGGGGACGUGGUUCACUUCAUGGAGCUGUGGGGCAAAUCCGGCCUCAACACCAUCAUCUUCACUGAGCCGGACUUUUCUUACCUGGAUGCUCUGGCUCCGUACCAGCCGCUGGCUAUGAAGUGCGUUUACUGUCCCAUCGACACUCGGCUCAACUUCCACCAAGUGUCAAAGCUGCUCAAAGAAGUCCAGCCCCUCCAUGUGGUGUGUCCAGAGCAGUACACCCAGCCUCCACUGACCCAGUCGCACCGCUCUGAUCUGAUGCUGGAGCUGCAGCCUCCUCCGAUGCCUUACAGACGCUGCUCUGUGCUCAACCUGCCCUUCAGACGCCGCUAUGAGCGCGUCUACAUCCUGCCUGAGCUGGCCAACUCGCUGGUGCCGUCUGAGAUCAAACCUGGCAUCUCACUGGCCACUGUGUCUGCAGUGCUGCACUCCAAGGACAACAAACACACACUCCAGUCGGUGCCCAAACCCCCUCCGGUGCCCCCCAGCAAGAAGAGGAAGCGAUUAAUGGAGGAGCCCCCGGUGGUGCUGGCCCCCAAACCCCUGCUGAGUGGAGCUGUGCCCCUGGAAGCUUUCCUGGUCACACUGCAGAAGCACGGUAUCACAGAGGUCAAAGUGGAGGAGACAGCAGACGGACACAUUCUACACCUGCAGGCGGAGGACACACUGAUUCAGCUGGAGGAGGACGGGACACACAUCGUCUGCGACAACAACGAGCCGCUGCGGACCACACUGCGAGACCUGGUGCUGCGCUUCCUGCAGAAACUCUGACCCGAGUCCUCCUCGCGUCUCCUCACUGUUCCGGUGUUUCUGCUUCACUGGACUGUGAUUUGUAAAAAAGAGAGGAUGGUGGAGGGGGAGUUGAGGACGAAUAGCUGUGAACUGGACUGUCUCCGCCUGUAGAUUUACUGUGAAGUCCAGUUAUAUUUUGUAAAAUAGUAUUUUGUAUUAAAAUGUUUUUCAGAGAUCCUCUCAGCUAUGUUUUUAUCACUGCAACUUUUGCUGACAGUUAGCCAUUUUAGCGGCAGCGCUAACCUCCCCACAUGCAAAUGUUCCACUAAAAAAAAGUUCCCCCAACACUAUUUUGUGAGAGCGCUGUCACUGCAUCCUGGGUUUUGCCCCACCCCAGACGACUGUGACUGGGUCAAGUUUCCUGACCUGGCUCUGGCGCUGAGGCAGGACUGUCUGGCUAAAUGAGAUCAGUCUGUGAUCAACCCAUCAGCUGAAGACGUGGCAAGUUUCCAGAUGUGAUGAUUAACCAGGCGUUGGAACAGAACAGGUCGGGGUGCUUCUAACUGUGAACUAAAUCUUCGAGAUGUGUCUGAAUGAAAUGUUUCAUCCUUUGCUCCCUUAUUGAAAGAAAAUAGGGUGUAUUUUUUGUGCAGAGGACAUUUUGACUUGUCGCAGUAUAGAGCAUAAAACACAGCUGAAUUUCAUUGAGCUGUUUCAGUUUCAAACUCCUGGUGCUGUGCAUGCUGGAGCCAUCGUUAAGGUCACCAGUAACACCUGUGCUGGUCACGUCAAAAUGUCUGCUGUUUAAAACAAAAAAGCCUACCAGACAGCACAUGGAUUGAGGUUUUAGGACUGGUUGCUUGGCAACAGUGUAAGUGCAAGUGAAGCUGUUUGAAGAUUUAAAGCUCGAAUCCUCAGCUACUUUUGACAGUGUGAGUAUUCAGAAACUGGUCUGUAUUUAUAUACCUUGGUCAAACCCAGUAAAUCAGUGUUCAGUCGUAUUAUAGGUGAAACUCAGUCAGGUGAUGGAGAAUUAAAAAGAUAACGUAAACUGUCA